AUGUCGUGUGCAAUGUGUUUUACAGCAUGUGAUGAUAAUGAACAUUGUAUCAAAGCAAGCUGUCACUAUCAUCACAGAUUUCAUCCGGGAUGUUUAAAGUUGAAAUAUAAUUUUGCGUCCUCUGCUGAAGCGGUAGAAUCGAUCAAAACAAAGUGCCCGGUUUGCUCUGAAAAUGAUUUAAUGAGUACGCUAUCGGCGUUGAAAGUCCAUUUGUCGAAGCUUGAUAAACUAGACAAAUUAGAUGGCCUUCAAAAUUCUGCGGGUCAGUUACUCAAGAAAGUUGACAAAAUAUCAGACAAGCAUCGUGAAUUAUUUAAACAGUACACUGACUUGGAGACUAGAGUGAAUCAGUUGGAGAAAAAUAAUUCUAGUGGCGCUUGUUCAAAGAAUUUAGCUGAUAAGAGAACACUGCAGAUGGAAACUCUGGCUCUUGCUGAUGAGAUGACUAUCUCUGGUCUACAAGAAAAAGAUGAUGAAGAUUUCAAUAAUGUUUUGGAUAAUCUGUUUUCAACAUUAGGCAUUCCAGGAGAUCACUCAAAAGUGAAAUCCAUGAGAAGAAUUGGAAAGGCUGCUGAUCAGCAAGGAGCUCGACUGACAAGAGCUACAACUGUUAAAAACAGAAACCGUGAUAUCUUGGUGAAAUUUGGUUCAAAAGAUACUGUAGAUUUGAUAAUCAACAAAUCUAGGAGUGUUGCUAACAAACGUGGAGGUGGUGUGUCUUUGUAUAUUAAAAACUCUCUUUCUUCAAGGUUUGUUCUAAGUUCUACCUAUAUGCCUGAUCGUCCAGAAUACCUGUUCAUGGAAAUCUGGCACUCUUCAAGACAAAAAAUUUUGAUAGGUACUGUAUACAAUCCGCCGGCUUCUCAAUCACUGGAACUUCUUCAAGCGGACUUGGAUGACAUUAUGCCACAUUACGUACACGUUAUCUUGCUUGGUGAUCUAAAUAUUGAUAUGAAUGCUGCGAGUGCUAACAGAAAGUCUAAUAUCUUUUUGGAACUCUGCGGAUGCUUAGGUUUACAGCUAAUUACCUAUGAAUCAACUAUAACAUAG